UUAUUUCUAUUCUUUUUUAAUCAUUUUUCAAUGAACACUGUUUAGACGUUUUCGAGCCGUUCCGCGUAAAGAAUCUCUUGAAAAAAACCUUUGUAUCGUUUUUUUUUUGCUAAAGCUACCAAAAAUCGUUUCUUCAAUAGUUAAAGUAAAAAACAAUGUCGAAAUUUGUUAUACGUGGUCCUACUCGAUUGAGUGGUGUAGUGAUGAUAUCUGGUGCAAAGAAUGCAACAUUACCAAUUUUAUUUGCUUCUCUCUUAUCGAAUCGUCCAGUUGAAUUGCAAAAUGUUCCGAAUAACUUGGACGACGUUAGAAUCACCAUAAAACUUCUUUCCCAAUUUGGUGUAAAAAUAAAAAGGUGUAAAAGUUUAUUAUCCAUCGACGCACGUGAUAUGAAACAAUCACAUGUGCCAAAUAAAUUGUUAAAAGCGAUGAGAGCUUCUAUUUGGAUAUUGGCACCACUCUUAAUUCGUUUCGGCUACGCAGAAUUAUCAUUACCUGGAGGUUGUGCGAUUGGUUCACGUCCAAUUGACAUGCACCUGUCUGGUCUCGAACAACUUGGCGCUAAAAUCCAAUUUGAAAAUGGUGUCAUAAAGGCAAUUGCAUAUGAUCGUUUAACAGGUGCCAAUAUUUCAAUGGAGAAGGUUAGUGUUGGAGCGACCAUAACCACAAUGAUUGCAGCAACAUUAGCGAUUGGAACCACUGUUAUUGAAAAUGCAGCUCGAGAACCGGAAAUUGGUGAUACGGCAUUAUUUCUCAAUUCAAUUGGUGCUAAGAUCAGUGGUAUUGGAACUAAUCGAAUUGUCAUUAAAGGUGUUAAGCAAAUGAAUGGUGGAGUAUAUCGAAUAAUGCCCGAUCGAAUUGAAACCGGCACAUAUUUGGUAGCAGCAGCUGUGAGCUCAGGUAAAAUUGUAUGCCGUAAUACUAAAGCUGACACAUUGACCGUGGUUUUGGAAAAGCUGAAGGAAGCCGGAGCUGAAAUUGAAAUUGGCAAUAAUUGGAUUAGUUUGAAUAUGCAUGGCAAACGACCAAAUGCGGUUGAUAUAUGCACAGAACCAUAUCCAGGAUUUCCAACCGAUUUACAAGCACCUUUCACAUUGCUUAAUGUUGUGGGAUAUGGUACGGGUGUUAUUCAGGAAAAUAUUUUCGAAAAUCGUUUCAUGCAUGCACCAGAAUUGAUUCGAAUGGGCGCACAAAUUGAAAUAAAUAACAAACAUUUGGUUUGUAAAAAAUUCACAAAAUUGUACGGAGCUACAGUUAGAUCAACCGAUUUACGAGCGGCAGCCACUUUGGUAUUGGCAGCAUGCAUUGCUGAUGGUGAAACAUUUAUUGAAUCUAUUUUUCAUAUUGAACGCGGAUAUGAACGAAUCGAGGAAAAAAUGAGGAAGUUGGGCGCUGACAUUAAACGAAUAGGAUAAAGAAAUUAUCGAAAAAUUCAAAAUUAAAUGUACACUUUAAUACUAGCUUUAAUAGACUUGAUAUUGGUGUUGCUUUCAUGUUGGGAACUACGAAAGAAGUGUUUUAUACUUGUAAAAUUUAUAUUUAGCAAACAAGUUAAAAAAAAUAGCAUGUACUCAAUCUGUGUUAAUUUGAUGUCAUUUUUUUGAAAUCCAGAAACAUGUUACAUCUCGCUCUUACGGCCAAACUUGGAUGAGUUACUUGGAUGAGUUACAUUCCACCGAAGCAUAUUCAACAUUAUGACCAAGAAUCCAACGAAAACACUCAAGACGAAGCAGAAUAUGAAGUUAUUAUUUACAACAAUAACCGAUCAAACCCAAUCGAUGACAAUAUUUAAGCGGCAUUCCACUAAAACUACUCUCUUUUAUUUUAAAUUAAAUGUUAAGAAUUUUGAUACAAUUCGCAUGUUACUCAGUGCAUUCAUUCCUCGUUUUAUACGCCAAAUAGACUUUGAUGUGAAAAAAUGCGUAACAUUUCAUCCAAUUUGUAAAAUUACAUCUCGU